UUUUCAUACAAAAAUAAACAAAACAAGUAUAAUUUUAAUUAAAAUAUUUUCUUUUGUUGAAAUUUUGCAACAAAAAUUUAUAAAAUUUAUCACUGUUUUUCUUUAAAACAUAAAAAAAAAAAUAAUGAACAAAGAUGUUGAACUUACUCACAAGCUAAGAAAAACUUCUGAGAAAAUAUCUGAAAACAUUCAUAUCGUAGCCAAUGAUCCAUCUCUAGCAUUCUUCCGUAUUCAAGAACAUGUUCGCAAGGUCCUUCCACCGAUUGUCGAAAAAAGAGCCGAAGUUAUUCAGUUGCAAAAUGAUUUGCAAGGACAUUGCUAUGACAUGGAAUAUGCUGUCAGUGCCGUCGAAGGAAUUGAUAAAUCCGAUGCAAUAUUCAAGAAUAUCCAAGACAUGCUGAAAACAUCAAUAUUUCUCAAACAACAAUUGAAAUACGAAGAAACCAAAAGUAGAACAAAACGAGAAUCCAGUCAGAAUUCGGUGUACAAACGUUUCUCAGCUCAUUUGACUUUGGAUCUCAAUGACUUGCCUGAUUUCUCUGGUGUCAUGAGAGAGACAACGAACAGAGUUGAGAAUAUGAUGUCAAAUAGAUCGAGUGCUCCGGUGGACAAUCCAAUGGAGCUACAAAGAUCUCAUACCACACUUCAUUGAGGAAUUUAGAAUUAAAAAAAAAAUUAGUUUAUUUGAAAUUACAUAUUUAUUGGUCAUUGUUUAAUUUAGUUUUUUAAGAAUUCAAAAAUAAUUAUACACGACGAAUCAGUCAAGAUACAUGAGUUUCAAUUCUA